AUGGGUAAAGAAGCAUCACAUUUCAGCCUUUAUUUAAUAGACAUGACUAAUAUGACUUUCACAGAGAAGUCUCUAUUAGAGAGGAUUCUCCCAGAGAUUCAAUACAACUCUUCUAGUACUUAUGACGCUCAUAAUAUUGGCCAUUAUAUAAAACCAAAUUUCAUUCAUUUAUGGACCGAUUUCUAUUCAGAAAUAAACCUUGACAACACAAAUAGCAUAUAUUCUUCCCCAGAUCCACCAAAUUCCUCAGUAAAUGACAAGCACGACCUCGACUUUAUAUUUAAGACACAAAUCCUCGAUGUAAUAAAAUCAUUGUCACGUUGGGAUGAUCUAAAAUUAGAAUGCGUUAGAGAAAAUGUAUCUUUAUUAUCAUCCGGAUUAUUGGCAUCUUCUACGCCCGCGUCUUCUGAUGACGAGCCACUAUACUCAAACACAGGUACAGUUGAUUGGCAUCUGUGUAACAGUGACGGCGCUGUUUUGUUACCAAUCGCAUUGAGGAGCAAAUGGGUAAUUUCUGAAGAGUCACCCUCUGACAUUACUUAUCUUCGCGAGCAUGUAAUUCAAUUAUUCGAUUACAUGCUUCAAAAUGGCCUUCAAUUUGGCAUUCUAUCGACAUACGAAUGUACAUGGUUCUUAAAAAGACCCAAAGACGUGCCUUUGGAGUUGUACGUUUCGGAAUGCUUCAAGCGGACUAAUGUAAAUCCUACAGUUCUUCAAGCAUACAAUCUUAUGGUUCAUAUGGCAACGAAUGAUCCAAUUUCUCCCAGAUGGUCACAAAUCAGCAUUGAAUUAAAUACAUGUCAAUCACCACAUUCUCAUAUACAGACUUCGUCAACUGUUUCCGGCGUACCGAGACUGAAUCCAGAAAUCACUUUAAUUUGGAGCAACAUUCACUGGCUUUCCGACAUGGGAAGUUCACGACACGUGUUCCAUAUUUUUUACAACGAAAAACAUCUUGUGCUUAAAUGUCAAUAUGAAAGUUACGAGCAAGGCGCUUCGGUGUUAAAGAAUGAAGUUCGGGCAUAUAAAGCAUUGCAAGAGCUACAAGGAUGCUUCAUUCCGCCUUUGAUAUUAUACGGCACCACUUUUGAUGUUCCUGGCAACGCAAUUUAUUAUUUAUGCACAAACUAUAUUUGGCCAGCGCCAAACGCUAGAUUAUCGAAAAGGCAUAAAGAGAACGCCAUAACAGCGGUCAAAGCCAUUCAUCGUCUAAAAGUUUUGCAUAAUAAUAUACGUCUCGAAAGUUUUAUCUUGGGAGCUGAUGCAGAUAAAGGCGAAAGGCUUUAUGUAAUUGACUUUCGAUACGCCAAAAUUGGAACUAGAGGUGGUGAUGAAAUAACUGAUUUUAUGAGAGAAGCUGAAAUCAAUAUGGUUGCUGCAUUAUUCGACUCGUUAGAUGCGUAA